AAAUCAGUCAAUUUAUAGAACUGUUAAGCAAAGAUUUACUCUUGCAAGAUUCCAUGAUUAUACGUUUUUUCCAUGUUGGGCAGAUUUCAAUUGAGGUAGAUAUAAUGGAAAAAGAAGCUUUAGACCGCAGGCUGAGAAGGUUAAAGAAGGCAAAGAAAACUGGUUGUCUUGAAGUAAUUGAUAGAGGACAAAUACAUUUUGAAGAAAAGAAUCAAGAUAUUGAAAUAAAAGUAGAGAAUAAAGGUGAUGAUUUAGCACUUCGCCGGCAAUAUUUAAGAGAUAGCGUAUCAGUAAAACGAAAACAAAAAGAAAGAUUAAAGGCCAUAAAAGAAUCAGAAAAAACUCAGGCCACUCAAACAAAGGGGCAA